GGCCGUCGAUAGUCGAUAUCCCUCGUCUCCCAUUCCCAGAUCCUCCGAUCAAAAAGGGAAGCGGGAUUCAAAAGAGAUUUUUAGGGAGAAAAAUGCCAAGCCUCAGAGGCCCCUCUGAUUAUUUUCAAGAGCCCCCUCGUCAUCCCGCUCUCAGAAUCAACUCCAAGGAGCCAUUUAAUGCGGAACCUCCUCGUGCAGCUCUUAUUUCAUCCUAUGUUACUCCUGUUGAUUUCUUUUAUAAGAGAAAUCAUGGACCAAUUCCAAUAGUUGAUGACAUUGAGAGAUACCGUGUUUCCAUAGAUGGUUUGGUCAAGAAGCCUAUACAUCUAUCCAUGUCCGAUAUUAGGAAACUGCCCAAAUACAAUGUUACUGCCACUUUACAGUGUGCAGGUAAUAGAAGGACAGCAAUGAGCAAAACACGCACAGUGAAAGGUGUUGGUUGGGAUGUUGCUGCUCUAGGAAAUGCAAUUUGGGGAGGAGCUAAAUUAUCAGAUGUUCUUGAACUUGUUGGAAUAUCCCAACUCACUACAGUCACGCCAUUAGGAGGGAAGCAUGUUGAAUUUAUUAGUGUCGACAAGUGUAAAGAAGAAAAUGGUGGUCCCUACAAGGCAUCAAUUCCCCUGGGGCAGGCCACAAAUCCUGAGGCCGAUGUCUUACUUGCAUAUGAAAUGAAUGGAGAGGUCCUCAAUCGUGAUCAUGGAUAUCCAUUGCGUGUGGUUGUUCCUGGUGUUAUUGGCGCACGUUCAGUUAAAUGGUUAGAUAGAAUCAACAUCAUUCAAGAAGAAUGCCAGGGUUUUUUUAUGCAAAAGGAUUACAAAAUGUUUCCACCAUCAGUUAAUUGGGACAAUAUCAAUUGGUCUACCAGAAGGCCUCAAAUGGAUUUUCCAGUUCAGUGUGCCAUUUGUUCCCUAGAUGAUGUGGAUUAUGUCAAGCAAGGAAAGAUUACUGUUGCUGGAUAUGCUGUGUCUGGUGGUGGGCGUGGAAUUGAAAGAGUGGACAUAUCUGUUGAUGGCGGAAAGACAUGGGUGGAAGCACAGAGGCAUCAGAAGGGCAGCGAUCCAUAUGUAUCUGAUGAUAUGAACAGUGAUAAGUGGGCUUGGGUUCUAUUUAAGGCCGUGGUUGAGAUACCAGGAAAUGCUGAAGUGAUUGCUAAAGCGGUUGAUUCAGCAGCAAAUGUCCAACCUGAAAAUGUAGUGGACAUAUGGAACCUGAGAGGAAUACUGAACACUUCAUGGCAUCGGGUCCGAGUAAGAAAUGCCUUGCAAAUAGCCAAUUCCAAUCUGUGAUUGGAGAUAUCUAAAAUAGCCCCAGUAACAAAUGAUUACCCAUCCACAAGGAGACUUAUCUAAUCCUGUCAAGUUUGUGUUUGAGUAAGACUAAAUGUUUUAGGUUUUAUGCUAGCAGUGCUCCUUGGAGUUUCAUGCAUGCAAUGCAAUGAAAUAACCAUGCACAGAUGAAGAUGGGACCUUUUAUGGACAUAUAUCAUGAUAAUUUUUCCUUGUGUUAUUUGCA